AUGGCGAAGAGGUAUUCGAAGAAUCGUGCGGCAGCGGCUCGGACGCGGGCCGCAGGGACGGUGACGACGACGAGCCAGAUGCAGCAGGGUAGGUUGCGUGUGUAUACGGAUGGCGCGUGCAGCGGGAACGGGUUCCGUGGCGCAGUUGCGGGGUGGGGCGUCUUCUUUCCCGACGGAGAGUUUGCAAACAUGUACGGACCGCUCCAAGGUGUGCCACAGACUAACCAACGCGCCGAACUCACCGCCAUCGUCAUGGCGCUCCGUGCCGCACUCACCUCCAUGGCCCCCGCUGUCGUGCUCUACACCGACAGCCAGUACUCCAUCAAGUGCCUCACCGUCUGGAUCCGUGGCUGGGUAAAAAACGGUUGGCGUAACUCUAAAGGAGAGCCAGUAGCUAACUCAGACCUCAUUCAGGACGCGAGCAAUUUGUUGGCGCAGCUCGGUAAGCGAAUGACUCUCCACCACGUGCGCGGCCACGUCAAUGACCCCAACAAUGACGAGGCGGACCGGUUGGCCAGACUCGGCGCGUCCGGUCGAGCCCAGCAAGAUAUAAUAGACCUCUCGCUCAACGAGAUUCCCUAG